AUGGCGCUACCAUUUAAACGUGUUGUACCUUGGAUUGAUAGGUCAGAAUGGCUGGAGGUUUACAGAAAUAUUUUUAGUUCUGAUCUAGUGAAGCAAACUGAAGGCUUGAACAAAAUUCAAGUGUGGAAAUGCAGAGUGUAUGACAAGUUGUCAAUUUCAAUUGAAUUGACGAAAGAAUUGAUGACAGUGAAGAUGAAUGAUGAGCAAAAUAAAGAAACAAAAUUAUUGAGUGAUCAAUCCAUGAGACUACUCUACGGCAUGAGUAUCACAAGAUUUAUUAACCAGCUUUUAGAGUCUAAUCAAGAUAAAAAAUUUUUAGUACCUCUGCAUAAAAUUGCCAAACAGAUGGACAUUCCUCGUUGGCUGGUUGAUUUGCGCCAUGAAUCAACCCAUCAACUUCUUCCUUCGUUGCCGCUACUUCGAGCAGGUGCUGAUCAGGCAAUCUCAUACUUGAAGUACUGCAUGACUCUCUGCACUCCUCCUCUCAGUACUGCAUCACUUUUUGCACUCCUCCUUUCAGUACUGAAUUACUCUCUGCACUCCUCCUCUCAGUACUGCAUCACUCUCUGCAUUCUUCCUCACAGUACUGCAUCACUCUCUGCACUCCUCCUCUCAUUACUGCAUCACUCUUUGCACUCCUCUCAGUACUGCAUCACUCUCUGCACUCCCCCUCACAGUACUGCAUCACUCUUUGCACUCCUCCUCUCAGUACUGCAUCACUCUCUGCACUCCCCCUCACAGUACUGCAUCACUCUCUGCACUCCUCCUCACAGUACUGCAUCACUCUUUGCACUCCUCCUCUCAGUACUGCAUCACUCUCUGCACUCCUCCUCUCAGCAUUGCAUCACUCUCUGUACUCCUUCUCACAGUACUGCAUCACUCUUUGCCCUCCUCCUCUCAGUACUGCAUCACCCAAGUUUUUUUUUUCGGUUUGGACAUAACGUGGAUGGGAGUUUUGCAUUGAAACAUUAA